AUGAGUUCUCUGACGAAACUGUCCGUCGAAUGUCCGAUUCCAAAGUCCAUGGAGUUCAUGGAGUCCUUGGUUGCGUCGUCUCCGCUCUCCUUGGCAUCUCUGGCGGCGUCCACCCCCAUGUCUGCAUGGUCCGUUCGCGCGGACUCGCCAUCUGUCGGUCUCGCAACUCCUAGCCCGACCGGUGUUGGCGCAGGCAAUGCCAUCGGAAAUCUGCUCAACUGGACUUUUCCGUUAAUGGCGACCGGUUAGUGGGAUUAAAUGAAUACGAUUAGGAUUACUUCGCAAACUGGGUGUCUUUACAGAUUCCUUCAAAAUCGGAACUUUGUGCCCGGAGUUGUUCCCGAAAGAGGAAGGUAAGUAG